AUGGCUCAGGCCGCAGCAACUAAUAUAAAACGGCUUCUGCUUGGUUCGAAACACAAUUCAUCGAAUGGUAUCCGAUCGAUUGCAGUAGUCCAUUCAAAUCAGAAUCGUAAGCAUUCUGCAUCUACACCUGUAGAUCGGCGGACAGUAGAAAAAAUAUGGAAAAAAAUGGACCGUAUUGUUAAGUAUUGUCAAAUGCCAAAGAUGAAUUUAAAAAAUUCUCCACCAUAUAUGCUUGAUAUUCUACCUGAUUUCUAUCAAAAACUAUCGGAUAUAAUCGAUUCUUAUGAUGACCGUUUACAUGUAUUAAAUGAUAUAGAAUAUUUUUGCAUAUUCAUUCGACAUAUUUAUUAUUUAUGUUCAAAAACAGUCGAAUGUUUUAAACGUGCUGGUCAUCAUAUGUAUGAUGAACAGUCAAGUUAUCGGAAAUAUUUCAUUAAACUUUCAUUGUAUUUUUCACAUAAUUUAACCGAACUCAAAUCUUUAUUCAUCAAUGGCAUUUAUGAGGGCGAAAGUUUUCGUUUAACAAAACAAGCAGCGGCAGAUUUUUGGAAAAGCAAUUUUCAUAAUAGAACUAUUGUACCAUGGGAAGAAUUUAAAGACAAACUUCAUCAGGUGCAUCUGAUACAAUCCUAUAAUGAAUCUUUAGCUUUAAAAAAUACGAUUGAUUUAACUGAUAAUAAUUAUGUAUCAAUAUUUGAAUUCGAUGUUUUUACAAGAUUAUUUCAUCCAUGGUCGACACUUUUAACUAACUGGAAAUUAUUGGCUGUUGCUCAUCCUGGUUUUAUGGCAUUUAUGACUUAUGACGAAGUCAAAGCAAUAUUAGCGAAUUAUAUUGACAAACCAAGUAGUUAUGUAUUUCGGUUAAGUUGUACACGUCUUGGGCAAUGGGCUAUCGGUUAUGUUACAACACAACGUACAAUAUUACAAACAAUACCACAAACAAAACCAUUAAUUCGAGCAUUAAUCGAUGGGGAACGCGACGGAUAUUAUAAAUAUCCGAAUGGAAAAAAUAUUCAGAUCGAUUUGUCAUUAGCAUUAAGACCAACGCAAUCCGAUCGUAUAUAUGUUUCGGAAGAACAAUACGAAAUUUAUUGUGGUAUGGGCUCAAGUUUUGAAUCAUGUAAAAUAUGCUCAACUAAUAAUAAAGAUUGCAAAAUUCAGCCAUGUGGUCAUUUACUUUGCCAAAGCUGUCUCGUAGCUUGGCAGAAUCAACACAGUUCGAAGCCAUUACCAUUAUGUCCAUUUUGUCGUAGUGAAAUAAAAGGUUUCGAAUCUAUUAUUGUGAAUCCAUUUCAUAGUUCAUCGAAACAUAAUAAAAAAGACGCAAAUCCAAAUGAAUCCGAUGAUCAAGAAUCAGAUACAAAUGCAAGUGCUCAAAGUUUAGAAACUCUUUCAACAACUCAUGAAAAUUCUAACUGUGCACAAAGUUCAUCGGAUAAUAGAGCUUCCGCGGCUCCUCCCGUUCCUCCUAGACCAAUUAAUAUGGAAGCAAACGGUAACAAAAUAGUAUCUGUUACAAAAAGAAAAGCUGCUCAACGGUUUAUACAACAUAUUUUACCACCAUUACAUAAUCAUAGUGGUUCAUCAGUUUCACAACGAACUUCAAGUAUAAAUUCCAGAGUGCUUUCGACAAUUUCAUUGAAUCAAGGUCUCCAUGAUUCAUACAAUUUAUCUCCAGUCGCACCAGAAGAAAUCCGUCUGGUUAAUCUUCAUGAUGCUAGUGGCAAUUAUGUAGCUACUACAAAUGAUACUACAAGACAUUCCUGUGGCCCAAGUAUUAAUACAAUCGACGAUAUACGUAGUCGCUUAAUAUCAGAAACUAAUUUCGAUUCAGAACGCAUCGACGCUGCUCUAAUAUUAACUGAAGACUUGCCAAGAUCAAAACAAUAUAGAAUGGCCAAAUCAUUUCUCAAUCAAGUUAAACACGAACUAUUACUAAAUCAGAAUAGUACAGUUUUUAAUGAUUCAUCAGUAAAUGAAAAUAUUUGA